AUGGCCACGUCCGACAAGUACGAUCGCCAGCUCCGCCUGUGGGGCGCCAUGGGCCAGCGCAAGCUCAUGUCCACGAAUCUCCUCCUCCUGAACGCGGGCCCGACGGGCUCGGAGACGCUCAAGAACCUCGUGCUCCCGGGCAUCGGCACGUUCGAGAUCUGCGACGGCGCGACCGUGUGCGAAGCCGACUUGGGCAACAACUUCUUCGUCACGGACACCGACGUCGGCCGCUCCCGCGCGCAGGUGCCACGGAUGCUUGUGAUUCUAGACCCGAUGUACAUCCAGAAGUUCAACAUGAUUGUGGCCACGCAGCUGGCCGAGCCUGCGCUGAGCGCACUUGCAGCGACGUGCCAGAGCCACGCGAUCCCGCUUCUCAUUGUUCACUCGUUUGGGCUCCUCGGCUACGUGCGCUUGCAAGUGCCCAACCACACGAUCGUCGACUCCAAGCCCGACGCGCCGUUCCACGACUUGCGCAUCGCCGAGCCUUUCCCCGAGCUUCUCAGCUUUGCCAACGAGUUCAACCUCGAGACCAUGAACUCGCACGAGCAUGGUCAUGUGCCGUACGUGAUCAUCCUCAUCCAGUCCAUCAACGAGUGGAAGGCGGCCCACGGCGGCGACCUCCCCAAGACGUUCGUCGCCAAGAACGAGUUCAAGGCGCUCGUGCAGGCCAAGGCGCGCGGCUCGUUUGGCCAAGAACUCAACUUUUCGGAAGCCGUCGACAACGCGUUCAAAGCCUACACGCUGACCAAGGAUGCGAUUCCGGACGACGUCCGCGAUGUCUUGGCGCAUGCGUCGACGAUGACGCUCACGGCGUCGACGGCGACGUUCUGGUUCAUUGCGCGGGCGCUCGCGGGCUUUGUGGCGGCGCACGGGAGCUUGCCCCACAGCGGCCACGUGCCCGAUAUGACGUCCUUCACAGCGUACUACGUGACGAUCCAGAAGCUCUACAGCGAAAAGGCCAAGUCUGACGCGCACCUUGUCUUCAACGCCACCAAGCAACUGCUCGCCGAGAUCGACCCCACGCGGACGCUCUCGGAAGAAGAGACGAUCGACUUUUGCAAGCACGCGAGCUGCAUUGGGAUGCUGCAAACGCGGUCGCUCGCUGAGGAAGUUGCGGGCGCCAACCUCGCCGACGUCGACAUGGAGGACGAAGACAGCAAGCAGUCGCCGCUCAUUUGGUACUUCUUGCUCCGCGCCGUGCACCGGUUUAUCGCCGAGUUUAACAAGUACCCCGGGGUCCACGAAGGCCACGAGUACGAACAGGACGCCAAGUGGCUCGUACAGACAGCGCAGCUCCUCGCGGCGAGUGCGACGACGUCGGAGCCGUUUCCGGUCGACUGGAUCUCGCUGGACCACGGCCGCGAAGUCUGCCGGCACGCCGAGGCCGAGGUGCACAACAUUGCAGCGAUCCUCGGAGGCAUCGCGUCGCAGGAGGCUGUCAAGAUCAUCACGAACCAGUUUACGCCGAUCAACCACACGUACCUCUUUAACGGCAUCACGGGUCGCGCCAACACAUACCAGUUUUAA